UCAUCAGUCUGUGUUUGGCCGUCGUUCACGCGGUUCUGCUUGUACGAUAUUAUAUUAUAUUGUAUACAUUUACCUACAUGCAUUAUCGCCGUCGUCAAACCCGUCGAAACCACCGAGUCGGACCGUCGUCUGCCGCGCGCUUAUACGGCUUACCAGCAGUCGUCGUCAAAAGGACAAAAUAACGAUAGAGAGAAAAAACAACCACGCUCGUUUCGCGCUCUUUUUAAUUUUUUUUUCGUGCGUCGAUUAAAUAAAUAAAAAAAAUAAUAAUAAAAAAAAUUGAAUUUACUUAUCCUUCCAAGUUUUCCGCACCUCGGACAUGAUCGUCGCGACCCGCGACCGGCGGACGCGCGGUCCGCACCACGGCCCGGUCGUCCGGACCAAACGGUGAUUCGACAAACGCUGCGAAUAAUAUUAGUACUAUUACCACCGCAAGACACACGGUCAUCGAUAGAUAGAGAGAUAGAUAGAUAAAAAAAAAACAUAAUAUUAUAAAACCGUACGUCCAAAACGCCGCGAAUCGGUCCCCCGGCCCGUGAGGUGACCGUUCUAGCGCAGGAAAUAUAAUAAAAUACACCCUGUUGUAUUUUAUUAUUAUUAUUAUUAUUGUAUCAUCAACGGCGACAGGAAAAACUAGCCAAAGGUCGACGGCAGGUCUACCCGUGCAGACAUGGUGUGUGGCCGACGACUACGACGCCGCCGCUACGCACCUGAAUCCUCACCUGCUGCAUGAGUCGCGUUCAACCGCUUACGUUAACAAAAAUAAUCCAGAGUGCUUUCGUUCUAUUAAUGGUGGUGUUGUGCGACAUUUGGAAGUGCGGCCCUGGUUGUGGACUCGGGGUCCGACUGUACAAUGAAUGCAGCAGUCGAAACGUCAGGGUUGACUACCGGGGACGAGUCCUGGCCGACGACGAGACAUCAAACGCAUUUCAAAAUCUGACUGUCAAAUCUUUGGACUUCAGCAUUCGACUGACGAUAUUCGCCGAGGAGUCGCGUCGAUAUCUGUGUUUCAACAACAAAUGGUCCCUCGUCGGGUCGAAACGUUUCCGGGGUUCGAAGUGUUUGUUCUACGAGGAAAUGCUGUCCACCGGGUACACACGGUACAAGUCGGUGGUAGACAAGUCGCGUUACAUCGGGUUCAAUCGCCGGGGAAGGCCGAUGAAACGUCACCCGUUCCACACCGAUCCUCUGAACAAGUGCCUGAACUUCAUCAAACUUGACACGAAGUUCGAUAUAAGCGACCACAACCGGAAAGUGGCGUCCGGCAAAGGCGGCAAGCGCACCGGCAUGGGGCCCAACAACAACAACAGGAGAUCCGGAUCUAACGGCGGCUACAGAAGACCGGCGAUCGCCGCCUCCCCGGCAACGACAACGACCACUUCCACAACCACCACAUCUACCACCACAACCACCACCACCACAACCACCACCACCACCUCCACUCCACCACCACCGCCACCACUGUUACCGGAAAGACACAAUCGAAUCAGGUUCAGACACCAUCGGCGUAAUAGACACCACCCUGAAACCCUUCAGUCACUAGGUCAAGACUAAUAGUAUUAAAAACAAAAAAAAAACAAUAUUAUUAUUAUGAAAACGAAACCUCUAUUGUUAUUUUUUAGCGUCGUUGUAUUGAUUAUAAUUAUUAUUUUUAUUAUUACGAUUAUUAUUAUUAUCAUUAUUAAUAUUAUUAUUUUAUUAUUAUGUAUAAGUACUCUUCCGCACGACCGGACCGGACGACGGGAACUUCGAGUAUUCUCUGCUUCGUUUUAUUACAGCCCGAAAUUCGACCCUUACCCCGUGUUUUCAUUUUUUUUGUUUUUUGUGACCGGUCUAUAGCGCAAAAAUCCGCUGAAAAGUGUUAACCGCUACAACAUUAAUAAUAACGUCUAAUCUUAAUAUUAUAAUACUUAAAAUCCCACGCCGGUAGUGUGUAUAAUACAUAUAUAUCUAUAUAUAAAUAUAUAUAUAUAUAUAACGGUACUAGCUAUAUUCAAGCGCUUAACCAUAAUAAUAUAUAAUUAUUGUUUUGAAAAAUAUAUAUAUUUAUAUAAAUGUAUAGAUUUUUAUUCGGUUCAAUGGUUCCUGGGAGUGAAAACGCGGAUUAGUCAAUAACAAUAUGCAAGCGCACGUUGAUAAUGACAUAGCGAAAGGGUCGACUUUCGAGCUGUAGUAACUCAAACUUAGCAGUAUAUUAUUUACAAACUUUCAGUGGUUCUUUAUACGUUUGAUGUCGCCAGAAUAUUCGUUUUCUCGUUUUUUGCUCUAUUUACCCGCGUAUCUUGUGUAUACACUUUUUUUUUUUUUAAUAACAUUUUGUCAGUGCCUAGAAUUACGGGUUGCAAAUGUUCAUAAUUUAAAUGUAUUGUGUCCUUAGAAGUAUUAAAAGAAAAAUACAGCAAAAACAAUAUUAUCGUUUUUGCUUAACAGUGUUGCUCGUGGAUAAAAUAAAAUAAUAAAUUAAUUUGUAUCACAUAUUACUAUAGUCGGUUUGCUUUGCCGUUAUUAAUAAAUAAUAUACUUUGGAUUUAGGAAAACAACAAAUUAUUAGAGCUCUGACUGCGGCGGUAUUUUCUUUUUACAAUAUGAAAAUGAACUAAAACCAUCUAAAUUAGUUGCAUAAUAUUAGUCACGCGGUGCAGUUGACGAAGAUGGUUAUUGAAAGGCCAAAUGUAUAUAAUUAUGUAUAUAUAUUUUUUUAAUUUGAAAACAAUAUAAUUUAUACCAAAGUCCGUUGGUUUUUAUUCGGGCUCGAGCCUAACAUUCCAUUAAAUAUUUUUUAAAAACAAUUGUAUUAUUUAUGUUACCUACUUGCAAAAUAAAUAAGCGCUGAACACAAAGACCUCCAUUUGAAUAUGUAGGAGGACAUUCGGUCGACGAACGCUGCUGCCCUACACAUGACACAUGACUAAAAUAUAUCGUUAGACAUUCAUACUUGAUUUUAUUAUUAUCGUCAACAUAUAUCGUUUUACUUAUAAUUUAAAUAACUCAAAUAUUACUGUAAGUACCUAUUUGAUUUGGGAAUGCUUUAUUAGGGUGGCCUCGGCGGCCGACGGCAGCAACAAUACACUAAACAUUAAAUUAUUUUUAAUUUGUUGCUAAAAUUCAAAACUACGUUUUAAAUAAACAGUUAUUUUGUUUAGUGUAACAGUUAUGUUAAAAUAAUAUCUAGUCAACAAUUUUUUCUAUUCGUACCUACAUAACACGUUGAUAUCUGAGUAUUUAAGUAUUAAACGCCGUCAUAAUAUUAUAUGUAUGUGUGUGUGUGUGUGUGUUGUCUUCUUUUGGUAAUAAUGUUUUGUUAGCUGAUGAUGAUAAUAUUUCACUGCUUAAUAAUUAUUAUGUUCAAGUACAUAAACGAUAGAAAGUAAUGAUAAAAUUAUAGUUUAUAAUAAUGUUAAGGAUAUACGGAGAAACUUGGAACUUGACUCGGGUACCUAUACCAUUUAAUAAUAAACCAAAGCGUUUUGGAACAAUUUUCUGUUUUAUUUAUUUGGAAAAACUAUCCCAAAACUGUGUCGGGAGAUCGUGGCUGGUGCUCCUAAAAAUACACCUGGAAUUUUAGGUAUCUAUUAAUAUUCUAGUACUGUUGGGAAUUAACCGACCGUCUAAAAUCUAAAAAUUAGCCUUAUUAUUGAUUAGAUGAGUUAAGACCUCUAUUUAUAAAUUCGUGCUUUUAAUUAAAUAAAAUAUUAGGCACAUAUCCUAGAUUUCAGAAUAGUAUAAUAUUUUAUACAAGAAGUUUUUAAUUGGAACGUCAAUCCAAUGUACUACUUGAAUCUCAACCGUUAGACGUGAGCUACAUUGUUAAUUUUCAAAAAAGAUGGACAUGCUAAAAUCGGAUUUAUGUGUUCUCGUUUAUGUUUUUUUCAUAACUGUUCAAAAAUAACCCAAAACUUAAAGAAAAUUAACUUAAUAUCAAAGAAGCGAAAAUGACGACCGUUCAAGUAGAACACACAUAUACCCACAUUAUAAAACAUGUACUGUUUGUGAAUACAGGAUACCCUCUAUACAUUACAUUUCUUAUAAGUUGAACGUUUUGAUUUUAUUGUUUAUUUUUUUUAGUUGUACAUAAUGUUUAUAGUAUCACUCCGUGUAUAUACACUCGGGUAUUGUACUACUUAAGUGUUUCUUACUUCUCCCUCCUCUUAUUCACAUUCCUCUUUACAACCUUUUUUAAUUUAAUUUAAUUUUUUUCUUUCGUACAAUACAUUAUAUUGUAUUAUAAAUAUCACAUUAUUUUCCUUCUUUUAGUAUUCGGUUGCCGUGCUGAUCGCAGUAUGUAAAUUUAUAGCUGUAUUAAUUAUUUUAAUAAUAAUAAUAAUAAUAAUACUGACACUGUAAGCUAUUGUAAUAUGCAUUAUAUAAUCUAUGUGAAAAACACUGCCACCAUAUUAUAUGCUUUUAUGGCGCUUUUAAAGUCGCGUUCACUUGGACCGAGACAUAUAAACAUUAUUAUAACAAAUCAAAAUCAAAAAAAAUUAUUUGAUUUUAAUUUUCAGUAUUAUUAUAUUAUAUCACCUUCUUUUUUUUUAACGAGACCGUUUACUUAUACGCUUAAAUUAUCUUAUAAUAAUAUACUGAAUUUAAUAUAUAUCUUAAAUAUUCUAAAAAUGAUGAUACUAGUAAUAAUAAUAAAACAACUAUGGCCUCCAAUCGAGCGCUCAAGCGCGUUUACAGCCUUAUAGUUAAAUAAAAGUCGAUUUACUGCCACAAUGGGCGUUACUUUUAAGUUGUUGUGUUUGUUCAAACAUGCAUAUUUUUUUUUUUUUGGCUUUUUUUUAAUAAAAUCAUUUUUUUAACGCCACACCGGUCGAUUUUUAAUGUUGUAUUUCCGUGUUUAGUAUAGAUAAUUUAUAAAACGCAUAUUGUUGCAUCCGUUCAACACACUUUAAACGGGUUGUUCCGCCCUUAAAGUGUCCUAAACUAUACCCGUGUGCGUUGUGAAUGUACCGCUUAAUCGGUCUGACGGCUUAAUUCGCUAUUUAACUAUAUGUGUUGGUAAAAACAAUGUAUUGAGUAAUUGUAACAUGUUUUAACCACUGUU